AUGCGUGGCAAGACUGCGGCUCUUGAAAGCGAAACUCGGGACCGUCUUCCGCCAGACGCUGCACGUGUACCGUGUCUGGUUGAAACAAACGCGGAACAGUGCAGUCCUGACACGACGGUCAAAAAUCCGCCUGUAGUGCGCAUGUUCCGUAGGGCUGAUGAGGAAGGGCGUGUGGCGAUCGACGCUGCCUUGACGUUCCUGCCGGUCCAAAGUCUAUCACAACCUCAUCUCCUGCCGCCCCACAAAAAUAGAUUUUCGCACAAUGAAAUGGAACCCAGGAUCCGAUCUCUGCUGCUCGACGAUUCCUUAGCCAUCGACAGGUUCUCUCAGGACCAACUUUCUUUCCAGCUCCCCCAACAACAGCAUUCGUUGCCGCACCAUGCGUCUCGCCCCGCCCCUGUAGAGCCGAGUGCUCCUCGUCCUGGCAGUUUUGCGCUCCAUGACAUCUAUAGUCCCACGUCCAAGGAUCAUGGCAUUUUCUCGAGCCAGCGCCCAGCCAUUGCUCGCCAUCCCGCCGACCCGACGACGCUGCAGAGCGAGCAGCGCAACAGCGUCUCGCGACCGACACAAUCGGCCCCCCUCGCUGAGGUACUCAACAAUGAGCAGGCGUCGUCAAGCUUCAGCGGCUCGGUGAACGACCUCCUGCUCGACGAUGACGCUCCGAACAAAAGGCGAAAGGUCGAUGGGAACGAAAUUUUCACCCUUCCCAAGCCGUUCCCGGUGAAGAAGGGCAGUCGGAGACCGAGGAUACCGCCCCUCUUGCAGGGUCUUCAUCAGCCUCCACCGGAUGCUGGACUGUUUCCUCCCAUCACUGGCGAGCGAGUCUCUAGGGAAGCACCUAAGGUGCUGACGGACUCGAAGUCUACCGAGACGACGGAAGGCCCUCCCAAGUCGGCAGGUGCAAAGGAGUCGGAACAAUCGGCAGCGGCGAAGGAGAAGGGCCCCACCAAACGCCGCAAGAAGUGGACAGAGGACGAGACUACAGACCUGCUGAGAGGCGUUGCACGGUUUGGCAUUGGCAACUGGAAGAAGAUACUGUCGUGCCCGGACUAUACCUUUGAUGGUAGGACGGCUGUUGAUCUUAAGGAUCGCUUCCGAACCUGUUGUCCUGAGGAGUACCGGAAACUGAAGGCUCCUUCGAACGCUGACAAGGACAAAUCGCCUAACACUGCGGAGUCCGAGACAUCGAACGGAGGUUCUUCCAAUAAGCCGGCCUCUAGCUUGGUGGUGUCGAACAUUCUCCAUCCGAGCCCAUUGGCCAGCAUACCAAGGCCGGAGAAGAAGAAGCGUGGUCCUAAAGUCCAUCGAAAAGACCUUCAUGACUUGGCAUCCAUUGGCAUUGAUGCACCAUUCAAGAAAAAGGUUCGCCGUGAGAGACGCGAGUUUACUGAGCAAGAAGAUGCUGCUUUGUUGCGUGGGGUUGAGAAACUCGGACCGCAUUGGCAUGCUAUACGAAACGACCCUGAACUGGAACUAACAAGCAGGCAUCCGACUGAUUUGCGUGAUCGCUUCCGCAACCGAUGGCCAGAAAAAUAUGCAGAAGCUGGCUACAAGAUACAGCUAAAAGGCAAGAGCAAGAAGGACGGCGAAGACACCUCCGCUACUGAGAGCCCGAUGGACAAGACGCAGGCAGAAAAGAGCAGCACACAAGAUGAUGCUGUCGCUUUGACCAGCGCUGCACCUUCGACUACUCAGGUCGCAUCUGCCAACAAAGCCAGGGCACCAACAGAUCUCAAAGCCCUUCUGACCAAUUAUCCGUUUCAUGACCCAUUUCAAGACACAGACGAAGAUUUUGCAUCUGACCUGCCUUUUGGCGGCGAAUGCAGCCCUGUCAUCCUCAGUAGAGAGAUAUUUUCGUACGCGCACCCUAACGGAAACCAAUUGCCAAGCACUGUGGACCUAUCCGGUAACGGCGGCACCGACAAUAGUCAUAUAAACCCGCUCGAUACGCUUAAAAUCCCCAGACUGUCCACCAGCCAUCACUCCUCGAGCACCAGUCUGCCACCUGUGUGGCUUACAGCUCCGCUGACGGCGGGCUUGACGGAGGCGAACUCGAGCUCGAACAACCCGAAGUCAAGGUCCGACUCGAGGAACUUGGGCUCUGAAUUGGUGUCUGGAGCGGGAUCAGGGUCCAGCAACGCGGGCGCGGUCAGCUUACCCGGGCCGGCCGAUCUGCUCAUGGGACUGGACUUUGACGGCAGGGAUGCGCAUGGUCCCGGCAGUGGCAGCUUCCUGUGGGACGAGCUGCCGGGGCCUAGUUCUCUGAGUUGA